AUGACGAAGAUUACACUGGCCUUGAUCCAGACGCUACCGAGCCUGACCAAGAGAAUUUGUGGGCCUCUUGAUAAAGUUGCUCCCAACACACAAACGUUGUGCGUUGCUGCUCUAGGUAAUGAGAUCUCACUCAUUGCCAUGAAACUCGAAGUGACGAAUAAGUUGUCCCUUCGAGCUCUAGUCGAUUGUUUGGAUGCGCUUGAUCGCAGCUUUGCACAACGUGGUCAAGAGCUUGACCAAUCAAACACGGAGCGCGCUUUAAGCCAUCAAGAGUUUCAUCGUUUGCGCUCCUCUCAUGCUGCUCAUAUUGAGGAACUUGCACUGUUGAGAGAAGAACGGGAUUUGCAUACUCGCGACCGCCAGGCCCAGCUCGGCCAUCUGGUCAACUUCGUUAUAGGUCUUCCGCCGUCGGUGGGGCUCGCCCAUGAGCAGCGGUGGAGAGAGCAGUCAGCGGCCGUUCCUGUGUCACCCCCGAACAAGCGUGCGCGCAUUACGGUCACCUCGAGUUCGGCUUCUAGGUUUCCAUCUGCCGUGGUCCCGCCCGUAGACCAUGUGACCCAACAGCGAUCCACUUCAAAUUCCCCCGGUCAUCCUCGCGUUGUGGUCGGACCAGAUUUGUCUGCCAGCCCUUCGUCUACGGUUGCAGGUCCCGCCGGCCCAACUACCCAUUUAUUAUUGGUAUCCACUUACUCCAAGUCCCGACAGGCGUCUCUCCCUCGCCUCGACGUCCCCAAGAUUCCAGCAUGUUUGACCAAAGUAUCUUCCAAGCCCAUGACCGUGACCACGCCACCGUCUGAUGUGACUCGGCGGUCACAGACGCAAACACGAGCGCGUUUCCCCUCCGCAUCUCAUGCGCAGGAUAGAGACGGUCCCGUAGAAUCUGCUGACGUGGCCAUGCUCAUCGCACUGUCACGGUCAGGUUCUUCCGCUCGACGGCGGUCUUCUGCCUCGAAAACAAGAUCUGCUGAUGGGUUGGCUGACACUCCGAUCGAGAUCGAUCCAGCCAGUCAUGCACCCGCGACUCGUCCGGCUCCGUCAAGACGUAUUACUCGUACUUCAUCAGCCGUCUCCCGGUCGCCGCCCAUCGCUGCGACACCUCCAACCGCAGAGCCAUCCAGGGCUUCCGACGAGUCCGAUGUGUCGGUGAGGGUACCAAACUACGGUCAUGCCCCAGUAAAAAAGCGCUUAUCCCCGAUCGCCUUCAAGGCUUUACCCCCCCCCGUGCGGUCCUCGCGCGAUAAGUGUAUGCCUGGGUACCGCACUCGUGCAACUUAUGCCCCUGGCCAGUUUUCGCCGUGGUCAUCCCAUCGCUUGGACUUAAUCCCUGUAGGUCACAUGGACUUGGAUCUCUUGUUCCACCACUAA